GAAAAUUUUGUUCAUUUUUUCAUGUUACCUGAUUGUAAACAACAAUUCUUAUUGUCUGUUAAUUGUCAUUCAGUUUAUUAUUUUCCAUUUUAAUUAGUUAAUUAUGCCUUACCAUAUCUGGGAUACUCCUGAUUACAAGGAUCUCGAUAAAAAGUUAUGGGCAGUAACUAAAGUGGCCACAGUUUACAGUACCGCGUCAGCAGCCGCCACUACUUUUGGGCAUUUCCUUCCUCCGUCAGGAAGAGCUUUCUUGUACAUCUAUGCUAAUACCUUCAUACCAACUGUCACUGCCGCAAAUGCUGGGAUGUUAACAGCAUACACAGUUGCAAGAGCUCGUGGGAACGUCGAUCAGCACUGGAAUUAUCUUCCAGCCUGUGCGGUUUUCGCUGCGGUAUCAGCCGGUCUUCGUCAAUUGUUCAAUAAAAAUUACCCUUGGGGACAUCGCUUUGGAUCUACAUUCGUACUUGCACUGUCCAUCAUAAUCGCUAAAUAUGGACAUAUGAACAGAAACGGAGGAUGGCCUCUUAGAAUGACUCUUAAUAUAGAUCGUGCUGGGGAUGGAUUCGGUAAUCUUCGUACCUACCGACCUGAUGUAGAAUAUUUGCCACAAGAUUGGGGUCGUCGACAAUAAUCGCAUUUCGAAUUGUGUUAAUCAACUCCACUACUAAACAGAACAACUAUUAAUUGAUUUUUUCGCUGUUUAUUAUUAUUAUAUUAUAGAAUAUGUUUAAAUUGAAUAAAAUUAACCAAAAUAAA